UUUCAGUCGCCUUCUUUAUCUGAUCUAUGUUAAAUCGCCUUUACUGUUUGGGAAGUAUUACAAAAAUGUUAAAGCUCGGAAUUGUUCUGAUCUAUAUUUUAAUUGCUGGAAGUCUAAAUGAUUCUAUGAGUCAUGCAAAUAAAUUUGAUUAUUCGGAGACCAACCAGGAUCGAUGGAACACCUGUAGGGAUGUGAUAGCAAACGACACGCUUGCAGGACAAGUGCAAAUAAAAAACCAGUUGGCCGAUUUGCAGGGAGAUGUUACCAAAGUGACAAACUUAAUACCACUGGACUUCAGCGAGAAAUUGGUUAGAAUGGAGACCCAUUUAACAGCGCUAGAAUCGAAACUGGAAACCAUAUUCAGCCAACUUACAGCCAUACAGGAAACACUAUCAAUGCCGCCGGGGUUCAUUCGAAUCGGUUCGAGAUAUUUUCAUAUAGAAGAGAACAUCAAGCAAAAUUGGUACACUGCUGCAUUGACCUGUCGUCAGAAGGGUGGACACUUAGCUUCCAUCAGAAACCAAGAAGAACUUGUCCUGAUAAGUGAAAAACUCGAGACGGAAACAUUUUACUGGCUUGGCAUCUUCGAACCAAUAAAAAGGGGCGAAUUUGCUACAGUACUUUCGAAUAAGACUGCACCUUUUCUAAAGUGGCAUCCCCAGGAACCCAAGUAUGUGGACAGUACAUUGCACUGCGUUCUUGUGAGAAAUUCAGUCAUGCAUGUGGAAAAUUGUAAAACGCCAUCAAAUCGUUUCAUUUGCCAAGCUGAUGACAAAAAUUAAUUUUAAAAGAAAGAAGAAAAUUUGGUAAACAUACUAUAUUAAGUGGCUAAAAUUAAAAUAAUGAAUAAAAAAUCAUCGUGGUAGACGUCUUAGAGUUGUGUAUAUGUAUAUCGUUUCCUCAUUAUAAGAUUUAAAACAUUUGAUAUAUUGGGCAAACUUUAAGACAGGCAAGUGAAUUAUUAUACUGU